UUAUUUGUGGAGAGGUGGAAGUAGCUUCUUCAGGAGGCAUUGCCACAGCAGUCCUGAGCAGUGUCACCCUCAUUCAUGGAUCCCAACAUUCUCAUCCUCUUAGGACUCCAUACUCUGCUCACAGCUCAUCUCAGUGCCAUCCUCUCAGAGAGCCGCAGCCCAGUGCGAGACUCUAUCCAGUCAGCCGUGGACCAGGUCUUGGAGCGGCAUCACCAAGCUGUCCAGACUCAUCAGAGACUGCAGGGCUCCCUCUCUGUGGCUGUGAACUCCAUCAUGAGUGUGCUGACUGGAAGCACCUGCAGCAGCUUCAGGACGACAUGCCUCCAGGCUCUUGAGGCAGCUGACACACAGGAAUUCGGGACCAAACUGCACAGGAUCUUUUACGAUGCCACCCAGCACAGACUUCGGUCCCACUGCUCAUGUGACACAGAGCAGCACUCGACUCCAGAGAAAAGGCAUUCGGCCCAGAGUACCGAAGGCUGGCAUGAGAAUAUCGGCCCGGAGUCCCUUGUAGAGACCAGCGGGCAAGCAGAAAACAAGAAGCUCAAGAGAAGCCCCAACCAGGGCAGGGAAGAAUCGCAAGCUCUGUGCCCCGCCAGGGAUCUGAGCCCUCCAGAGUCCGCCACAGGCCACCACGAGUCCACCGUGGCCUCCCCAAAUGCCAGAGGAUCGCAGGCCCAAGCGGCCCCCGGCAGGGUCCCGGCGGCUGACGCAGCGAGCCCUGCCGGCGGCCUGGAGGACUUGUGGCUGCAGGAGGUCUCCAAUCUGUCCGAGUGGCUGAGUCCGGGGCGCAGGUUCUAAUCGCCCGCUACUGAGGAUCCCAGCGGGCCAGAGAAGCCCGGGACACGUGUGUCAUGUCUUCUGGGGUUCAAUAAAACUUCUGCAAGCACAG